AGCCUUCUCUAUGAUCGGUUUGGUCCUUAUUGCUCUGGGAACUGGUGGGAUCAAACCAUGUGUUGCAGCCUUUGGGGGAGAUCAGUUUGAAGAAGACCAGGAAAAACAAAGAAGCAGGUUCUUCUCUAUAUUUUAUCUUUCUAUUAAUGCUGGAAGCCUUCUUUCUACUAUCAUCACCCCACUACUUAGAGAAACGACUUAUUACUGAAGUUAAGAUGGUCUUGAAAGUUUUGUUCUUGUAUAUUCCUCUUCCUAUGUUUUGGGCCCUUUUUGAUCAGCAGGGAUCUCGAUGGACAUUGCAAGCCACAACUAUGGAUGGAAAUUUUGGUGGUAUUCCAAUUCAGCCAGACCAGAUGCAGACUGUAAACCCAAUUCUCAUUGUAAUCAUGGUCCCCAUUGUAGAUGCUGUUAUUUACCCUUUAAUUAAAAAGUGUCACAUAAAUUUCACGCCUCUGAGAAAGAUGACAGUUGGCAUGUUACUGGCAGCUUUGGCUUUUGUUGUUGCUGCUCUGGUACAAGUUCAAAUUGAUCAAACUCUUCCAGUCUUUCCUUCAGAAAACCAGUUUCAAGUCAAAGUAAUAAAUUUGGGAGACACUAAUGCAACAAUUGCUACUGCUGGACAGCGCAUUCCCUUGAGUCAAUUUAAUGCGACGGAAUAUAUGACAUAUGAAAUGAAGAAACCAAACAAUAUUGAUAUAUCAUAUCUAAAUAACACUCUAACAAAAGAACUGAAAAAUUUGGGGAAACAACGCCAUACUCUUGUAAUAAAAAAUAAGCCCCAAAUUGAAACAAAGCUGUUUAUAGAUGGCAUCACGGAAAAACCAGAACAAGGCAAUAAUAUGAUCAGAUUUAUAAACAGUUUGGAUUCAGUCAUUAAUAUCACUCUGGGUGAUGUGGCCUUUGGAGAACUGACGAAUUUCUCAGUCACCAACUACACUGCUUUUCCAAGUGGAUCAAAAAAUGUUACUGUUAACAUUCAUAAUAAAACGUGUGAAGUUCCAUCCAUGGAAUUUGGUUAUGGCAGUGCUUACACUAUUAUAGUCACAGGGUGUACUGGCACGAACCUAACCGUUAAAUACAUUGAAGAUAUUCAAGCCAACACAAUCAGUAUGGCAUGGCAAAUCCCCCAGUAUUUCAUUAUUACUUGUGCUGAAGUUGUCUUCUCAGUGACUGGACUUGAAUUUUCAUAUUCACAGGCACCUACCAACAUGAAGUCUGUGCUGCAAGCUGGCUGGCUACUGACUGUGGCCUUUGGCAAUAUCAUUGUUCUUAUUAUAGCUGGUGCUUCAAAACUCGAUGAACAGUGGGCAGAAUAUGUUCUCUUUGCAGCAUUGUUGUUUGCAGUUACUAUAAUUUUUGCUAUUAUGGCCUAUUUUUACACCUAUGUGGAUCCAGCUGAGGUUGAAGCGCAGUUUGCAGAAGAAGAGGAGAAGAAGAAAGAAAAAGAUCAACUGGAAAAAGAGAAACACAUAUAUGAAAAUGAAGUUGGAUCUGAGCAACAAACUCCGAUGUGAAAAUAUGUUUGAAAUCAGAAUAAGAAUGUAAAUUAGCACGCAAAACAUUGCACCUGAAGGUUGAGAUUCAUAAGGGACAAGCUGGAUAAGCUGUCUUAUUGAACAGGAAAGAGUACCAUAAAAUGAACACCCGUGCCUGUGGCUGAAGAUUAAGAAUUCAGUUCUCCUGUGAAGAACAGAGAUUUUUAUUUUCUUAGUCAGCAGAAGGCUGCA